UAGACGAAACGAAGGCUUUCUCAUCCUCUUUCUCUCUUGGCUACUCUUCCAAGAAGGAACAUAAGUGAGCGUAAAUCAUGUCAGAUUCACAGUCCAAUUCUGAGAUCUUCACCAUUCGGAUUGUCUCCAUCGACUAUUACAUGGCGCCGCCAAUCCCCGACGCCGAUAUCUGUUAUAGUAGCUUCCACGGUGGAGAGGUGAACGAGGUGCCUGUGAUAAGAGUGUAUGGUUCUACUCCUGCUGGCCAGAAAACUUGCUUGCACGUGCAUCGAGCUUUACCCUAUUUGUAUGUGCCGUGUUCGGAUAUACCACUUCAACUGGACCAAGGUGAUGCAUUCACCUAUAAGGUAGCUGCUUCUCUUGAGAAAGCCUUAAAGCUUAAAGGCAGUGCUGGUUCUACAAGACAGCAUGUACAUGGAUGCAGUAUUGUACAAGCAAGGAAAUUCUAUGGCUAUCAUUCACUUGAGGAGUUAUUUGUAAAGAUAUACUUAUAUUAUCCUCAAGAUGUUUCUCGUGCAGCUAGUCUUCUCUUGGCUGGAGCUGUUCUUGAUAAAAGUUUACAGCCAUAUGAAUCACAUAUUCCCUUUAUUCUUCAGUUUCUGGUUGAUUACAACUUGUAUGGCAUGGGUCAAUUGCACCUAUCAAAGAUGAAGUUCCGCCAUCCGAUACCUGACACUUUCAAGAAAUUAAAUAUUGAUGGCCAGCAUACAAAGGCAGAUCUACUUUCUCAUGCAUGUCUAGAGUCAAAAUAUUGGAUGUCUUCCACAAUUCCAUCUGAGUGGAUAUGGUUACCCACAAGCAAAUCCAGUGCUUCUUUAAAUGAUAAGGCUCACUGUCCUAAACGCCAAAGCAUCUGUGAGCUUGAAGGAGAUACUUCUGUGAAUGAGAUUCUUAAUCAGCAGUUUAAAAUGUAUUCAUCUCUCUCACAAACAUGCUCAGAUACCAACAUGGUUCAGUCACUUGUACCAAUAUGGGAGGAACAACAGAAACGGACCGGGAUUCAUGAGGCUGCUAUGCCUUCUGGUCCUGGCAAACCACUUCCAGAAGAUGUUAUGAAACUUUUCUCUGUUGGUCUGGACUUUGAGAAAAAAUUUAUUGAGUUAUGCAGUGAAGUUGGAACCUUAUUUUGUACUCCUUCUGGGAAGGAAUUGAGUGAAACAGACAUAAUAGGGUCAGCAUCACCACCUGCUACAUUAUGCAAAAAUGCCAAAUUGCAAACAGAAGGGACUGAUGCCAAUCUUGAAAUGUUGACUAUGGAUGAAAUUCAGUCAACUGAAAUGAUUGGAUCGGUGGACAUAAAGGCUGUUGAUAAGGAAGCGAAAAAUCUUCUUAAGUGGCUUGCAACUUCUCAAGCUGUAGAGGAUAUAAACUCUGAUGAUGAUCUUGCUUAUGAAACAAUCUUGACUCCCUUGCUGCCUGCUGCAACAAUUGAUAAAGUGUUGGAGGAAGCUAAUAUUGCCUAUGAGAGUGAGUCCCAGAAGGAGUGUCAGGAUAUUCUAGAUUCAACUGAUGAUAUGCUUGAGUUGGAGUUACCAAAGGAAAAGCCUUUUCUUUCCUUUGGUUACAAUUGUCCUAUUGAAAAUCGGAAAUUACCCCAAGUUGAUGGUUCUAAUGAUGAGUUCUCAGGUCAAUGUGGUAGUUUGGCUGGAACCUCUUCUCCAGCAGAUAUAAACAGUGAAUUCAAAAGCGCCUCUGAGUACCAUGUUCUGCAUAGUACAGGCACGAGCACAGUUAGUAAAGAUAGAAGGAAUAAGAAAUGGGGGUCUUUGCCUUUAUCUGCAAUUGAUCAGGUUAAUAACGAUGGAGAACGAGCUACUUUACUUGUGACUCAUCCAGUUGAAAGUGAUAUUGGAGAUUCUGCUUGCUCAGAUCACCUAACUAUAAAUGAGGUUAGCAGUAGUGCUUGUAUUUUAAGGAACAAGGACAAAAAUGCUUCAGAUUCGAAAGAAGUACACAGAUCAGUUACCUGUUCUUUGCGGGACUUGAUGAGGCGAAAGCGAUCCUAUCGAGUUGAACAAGGUGAAUACGACUCGGGAACUACUAAAAAGCUUCUUUUAGACAGGCUUGAGGAACCAGAUGUAUGCUUUGGGCAAAAGCAACUGGAUUUAAAAACAAUGGAAGUUGAUGUAGAAGAAAUGGAAAACCAAAAGAUUUGUGAACUUGAAGUUAGCAAUCAUGCUAAUAUAUUGCAUGGGAAACUGCUCCUUUCAACUUGCAGUGAUGGUCCUUUACACGGUAGUAGGCCAAAAGAUGAAUGUUUUGGUCAACAUGAAAUGGAAGGUAUAGAAGCGAGUACAGUAUUGAGGAACUGUACAAAAGGAGGUUCUGCUUUAAUGCAUGAUGGACCAGGGCUCCAUAAGCCUGAAAAAUUAUGUUUAUUUGAUUCCAUAGAUCAAUCUGUGGCUUGCAGGGAUGAAAACCUUAAGGGUGGCUUGACUUUUACAAAGCAUGUAGCUUCUGAUGCAUAUAUUAAAAGUCCCUUUUUAGACACUCAGUUCAGAACAGCUGCUGUUCAUGAAGUCAGAGCUCCCGAGAGCAGUCCACAACCUGAUUCUUCUGCUUCAACUAGUGUGCAGAGCUCGUUCAUUAUUGAUAGAGUGUCUGGUAAAUAUAAUUUUGUGGAUCAAAAUUCUCACCAAAGCUUAUCAUUUGUGGAACAUGAUCAGAUGAUGUUUUGUGAGAAUUCUGUGAAGAAAAGUGAUGCAAAUGAUGUGCAAGUAUUGCUUAGUGAAAAGCUGGAUAAUCACAAGGUGGAUGGAAAUUUGUUACAUGAGAUCAUUGACUCUGAACCCACUGACCUAAAGGGUAAUCACCCGAAAUUAACUGAAGUAACCACAAGCAAGAACCCUCUGGUUGAUAAGAAUCUUGAAAGUACAACAACCUGUAAUACCUAUUUACAUUUGGAUGAAGAUAGCUCUGAUGAAAUGACAGGUUUUAGCUUUAUCCUCUUUGAUCCAAUUUCCUCUAUUUUUCCCUUAUUUGCAUUUGUUUCUAUUUUUUCUGUAUACAUUGAAUUGGUUUUGGGUCUCAUGGCAUACCUUGUUAAAGAAUUGAGCCUAUCUCAUCCUAGGUUAUGUAUUAAUAUUCAGGCAGCCUUUUCAAUAUCUUUCUGUGGGGCUUAACCUACUAUUUUCUAUAAUGGACAGUGUGUAGCUCUUACAAAGGACACUGAGAUAGGGCUUUUAUGUUGAUCUAUUUGUGUAGAAGUCAAACCAUUUAAGAGAAGUUAAUAACAAGUAUCCUUUCAUUGACUUCGUACACUUAUCAUUU